AUGGCGAUUACAGGUUUGAGCCAUGGAGUCGGUGUGCUACCAGACAAUCUGAAUGGAGCAGAAGGAGGAAGUGUUUUUUUCACCACAACAGUGAAUCCACCAGAACAACCAUUUGUGAUAGUGGCUUGGACUUUUAAUAGUGGUAGUGGUGACAGAAAUAUAAUAACCUCGACCAGCUCAAAUGUUAUUGGAUCAGGAUAUGAAAACAGGAUCACUUUCGACAGAUCAACUGGAUCUCUGGAGCUCAGGAAUCUCACCAUGAACGACACUGGAGAAUACAGAAUUGCAUUAACACAAGAUGGAGGAGUGCAGAAUACAGGAUACUGCAGACUGGAGAUAUUCACACCAGUCUCCAAUGUAGUGGUAACUCCCAGCAGCACAGACUUGAUAGAGUUCAACAACUCAGUCACCCUGUCCUGCUCCUCCUCUGGCUCCCCGCGCUCCUACACCUGGCUGAAUGGCAGCUCUGAGGUUACAGCCAGUGAGGGAGUUCAGAUCACUGAUGGAGGCUCCACUCUCACUAUAAUCAGUGUGACCCGCUACGACCAGGGACCGUUCCAGUGUCGUGCGUUCAAUCCCGUCAGUCAUGGCAUCAGUGGCCCAGUAUCUCUCAACAUCAGCUUUGGUCCAGAAAACACUAACAUGACGCUAUCUCCGUCACAAGAAUACCAUGAAAAAGGGUCAGACAUCAUCCUGUCCUGCUCAGCUGGCUCCAGGCCUCCUGCCCAGUUUCAGUGGGCUCUGAACGGAGCCCUGCUCUCUGAUACUGGACCAGAGCUCAGACUGAACAACAUUCAGAUGAAUCAGAGUGGUAACUACAGCUGUCAGGCCCAUAACACUAAAACUCUGAGAUAUCAAACUUCUCAGCCCUUUCGUGUCACUGUGCUGGAGAAAGUUUCAGCUGCUUCAAUCACAGAACCACCAGUCGCACCAGUUGAGGGGAAACCAGUCAACUUAACCUGUGAUGCUGCCGGCUCUGUCCUCACCAGAGAGUGGAGGAAGGACGGCUCCCCUGUGAGCCCAGGCAGCAACAUCAUCCUCCAUGACAAUAACAGAGUUUUGUCCUUUAGCCCUCUGAAGAGAACAGACAGCGGAGAAUACUCCUGUACAGCCAGCAACCCAGCCAGCUCUGCUGAAGCUAAAUACACGAUGACUGUCAACUUUGGACCAGAGAAUGUUAAUGUCACGGGUCCAAGUGAGAUAAAAGUCAAACAGACCCUAACACUGAUCUGCUCUGCCGAGUCCACGCCAACUGCGACCUACAUCUGGAUGAAGAAUGGGACAGAGAUUCAUACAAAUUCUGCUGAGUUCACUAAAACAGAAAUCGAACUCUCUGACGGUGGAGAAUACACCUGUAAAGCAAGAAAUGAUAUCACUGGGAGAACGGCGACAUCUGGCGUGCAUCGAUUGUCUGUAGUCCCACAAGCGAAAGGGGGUCUCUCUGCUGGUGCCAUCGCUGGGAUAACGAUUGCAUGUCUCAUAGUUGUUGGAGGGGUGGUUGGUGGAGUCGUGUACUACAAAAAAGGAAAACUGAUGAACAACAAGUCCUCCAAUGGCAAUGGCAACACUUCUGCCAGAACUGGUGAAGGCCAGGACAACAGAGCACACCAGGAUCUGAACUAUGCAGAUAUCAACCAUCUCAGGAAUAAUGGCAGUCGGGCAGUGCAGAUAAGGAUGCAGCCAACUACAGAGUACGCCGAAGUCCGAGCGAACAGUGCGCCUAGGGCAGCAUCGUCCCUUCCUUCUUAUGAUGUCCACAUGCAGAAGAGGACGGGGCCUGCCCUCCAGCCAGCUACUCAGCCUGGGCCGAAUGUUGCCAGCCUCUACGCUCAGGUCCGCAAGCCUUGACCACGCUGGCCAUCACGGCUGCACAGGCCGACCUGUAUGUGCUCCAAAAAAUUUGCACUCAGUUCCUUCAGGGAUAAAUGUGGACUAGAGUUUGGCCAGUCAAUGCACUUUAGGAAUGGUUAACAAUCAACCAGUACGGCCAGUAAGAAAGAUACUGUCAUGAUUUGCAUUUACACCCAGUAGCUUCCCUGCUGUUCAGUAUCAUGGAAGGAAGAUGAGGUAUCGUUUUGUCCAGCAUUGUACGUGUGUGCUGUAAAUGCAGUGUGCAAAUAUGUGAGUGCCAUUAUCCUCAUUAUCUUGUUCAGUUGUUUGCUUGAAUAUAAUGUUUAACAGUGGUGUGUUGUUGCACUUGAAUUCU